CAUCAUCAUUGUUACUUCUGCUCACCAUCUUAGUUUUUACCCAUGCAAGCGGCCAUCAUUGUUCUUUGACGAUGCGAUGGAAGCAUAGACCAUGGGACACCGGGCAUCCUCACCAGAGGCUGAGUAGCUCGCUAUACCUGCCGUCCUUUCCGAAUACCACCAUCAUCGGCAUCCACAUCCGAACCGAUCCACCAUCAUCGCCUUGCCAAGCGGGUGACAGCGAUCAACGUCAUAUGCAUCAGGGAUGCAUUUUCAUCAAUCUCGCAUAUAGUCAAAUGAUGGGAAUGUCCCUCAGCACUCACUGUAGAUCAAGCCUCAUUUCAGUUCCCUACACCUGAUCAUCCCAACGUGCAAUGUCCGAUAUCAACAUCACAAACGAACGACCAUCCUACCAAGCCGUCUUCUCCCUCGAUGUCAUUACAGCAGCUGGAGCCCUGAUUCUCCUUGGUCUAGCAUCCAGACCUACGUUCAAGCGAAUCAAACAACGCCGCUUUGCUGCGCCAGGCAAAGAAAACAGUGCUCGUGAUGGCCCAUUAAAGACGACUUUGGGAACAUACCUCUUCCUCUGGCCAGCUCUUCUCUGUCUCUUCGUCGCCUAUGUAUGUCGCUUCGUAUCCGACCUCCUCAAGACGAGCGGAACAAUCGAUUACAAUAGCGACCUCGGUUGGAAUGGCCGUCGCGCCUAUACCCUCAUAGGGAGUGAAUACUCUUCCAGUAUCUCGGCUCUUACCUUCACUACAACCCUCGCCACAAUCUUCUUCACUGUGCUGCUCAACGGUGGAGUCUGGAUCCACUCCAGUCAUGUUCAGGAAAACGGCACCGGUAUUUCCACACCAAAGACCAUGUCGCGUAUCUGGAAUACUUUCAUCAUGCUUGCCAUGCUGAGUACCGGUGUUGCAGCUUGGGGCUUGGGUAUGGAAGCAAGGGAUGUCAGCACUGGUAGCUCCGGCCCAGAUGCACUGUUGUCUUGGUCAAAUGUUAUGAGCCAUGACCGUGCGACGAGAAUCACAUAUAUCGUACACGAGGCUAUUGUUGUUGCAGCUAGCUUGAGCGUCUCGGCUGAGGUAUCGAGGGAGUAUGGGACAACGAAUAAGAAUGCUCAUGGUUCACCCGAACGCCACGACCUCGCUCGUUUCGCUUUCGUCGUUGUGCCGCUUAUUUGGCUUCGCGACAUCUUCAUUAUCUACGACAUCAUACUUCUUUACGUUGACACCUCAGGAUGGUCAAACAAUGCUGUUCUGGCUACGACUUUCUUGCUUGUCAUCUGCAGGCAAUUCGCUAAUUUGGCCAUUCUGGGUAUGGUGCUUUGGGGUGCUUGGAGGAUGGGACGAAGUGUCAGUUUGUUUGGAGGAAGUUAUGCUUGAGCGAGAUGAUCACUUGCGCGACCGAGGUGUCUAGGACUUUGACACGACGCAUACAGUAAUAAGUGCGUCUUCCAUGUAGGGAUGGAAAUGUAAGAUAUGUGGUUUCAGUGCAUACAGAUAUUGAAUGGAACGGUGAUAAUGACGAAC